UUUUGCAUAUUUUAAGAAGCGUUGGAAAAGAAAGGUAAUUCCAUUUCGUUAUGUAACAAACCAGAGAAAGAGAAUUCAGCAUGUCAUCAAGGAACAGUGAGUCUCUGAAGUCGUAUGAUUAUGCAUGUCAGAAAUUUGGUACAUUUCAGACUGUACGCUUGAGACGCAAUCUUUACAAUCUACAUGAUAUGAUAUGUAACGACGAUCCAUUACUCUGCCAUAUAAGUAGCGGUAGUGCAGUAGAGGGUUUGGACAUGAUAGGAAGUGAUUUAGAUAAGAUGGCAGUGAUUAAUGGAACAGCUGUAUGUUUAAAUGAAUGCGAUGCAGAAAGUGAUGCUGAAGAAAACAAUAUAAGAACAUUAAUAAUGGAUAUUGAUAAUACAAACCCAUGUUAUGCAUUGCUUCGUGUACCGAAAAACGUUAGAUUUCCUGAAAACAUCCAUUAUUUUCUGGAACAUAGAGGUCAAGGUUUAUUUUAUUCUAGUCAACUGUUUAAGUGCAGUCAACUAAAUUUUAUGUCACUUUCAGGAGAUCGGUAUAAAAUUCAUGGUCCUUGUGUAACCACAGAGGACGAUGCAAUUGAUCAACUAUAUUGCUUUAGAUGCAAAUAUUGGCCUUCUCAAGCUCGGCCAUGGAUGUCAAGGUCGCGAAUGAGUCAUUGGCCGUCGCCCCAACUAAUAACAAAAAUUGUAAAUUAUGGUGUUUUAUUCGCGCCGGUAGGUUGUAAAGGGUCGAUUAAUGAAGAUAUCGAGUGGAGGAUGUCGUUUUCGGUUGCAGAAAAGUUGUUGAUUUACUCUUUCAAUCAUACUCAAUUAUUGUGCUACGGACUGAUGAAACUUGUGCUAAAAGAUGUUAUUGAUAAAAGCAAAUCGUUAAAGGGCAAAUUAUGUUCUUAUUUUCUAAAAACAUUACUGUUUUGGUUGUGUGAGGAAUCAGAAAAAAACAUAUGGAAACCUGAAGAUAUAUUAUCAUGCUUUAGAUCCUGUAUCUGUAGACUGUUAUAUUGUGUACAGUAUUUUACCCUGGUUCACUAUUUUAUUCCCCAAAACAAUUUUUUUGAAUGUAGAUUUGAAAAAGACGAACAUAUCCAAAUGAUUGGUCUGUUGAAAGAAGUGCGUGAUCACGGUUGGCAAUGCUUCCGUGUUUCUGGAACAUUUAGCGGUGAUUUUCAUACCCUAUAUAAUCCUUACUAUGAUUCUAAUGUAAUUCAUCAAAUGCUCUGGUGUAUGGUAGAGCAAAUGGCAGAUUAUUUUGAGAAUGACAAAAACAGUCUUGUGGUAGUGAAAAAAAUACUUCAAUUUAGUCGGAUAAAACUAGCUGUUAACAUUAUUAUCUUUCUUUUGGAAAAAUCAAACAACUUGAAAGUACAGCGAGACACAAUUACAAAAUAUCAUUUAAAUAAUAAACCGCAAUAUACACAUUUUAAACAACAGUUACGGUUACUAAUCAUUUCUAAACAUAGGCAAUGUCCUGAUACAGGAUGGAUGUUUCUUGCAUCUUGCUACUAUUGUCACAAGAGGUACCAUAGUGCAUUAGAAAUCAUUUCAAUUGUUUUAUCACGUUCUUUAAAGGUAGAUCCCUCCACUCUAGCAACUACCGUUAACAUUGUUCACUUCGAAAAAAUGUCAGCGAUGCAUCUUUUGCACAUGUUAGUGUCUAACAUCAUGGUGUUUGAGAAUGGUUCUGCAUUGAUACCAGAUGAACUGGAAAUUGAAGUGACGAACGAUUCUUCAUUAUAUUUGGCUGUCAUCAUAUUUACUCAUUUUUUAAACUUUUUGUCUAAUUACCAUUUAGGUGACUUAACGUCAAGUAUGGAGUCAUUGAGGGGUCUAGAAAAGUGCACAUAUAAUCUUUACAGAUAUAAAGCAUUGGGAAAAACACAAAUUAUAUCUUCUUUCCUGUGUCUAGGAAUAGCCCAUGAGAUGAUAGGACAUGUAAAUAAGGCACACGAAUGCUUUAGUACUUGUGUUUCUUAUGGUGAAUAUAACACUACAACAGCUGCUUUGAGGUUGUCAAAACUGUAAACAUUGGUAACAUAACUUAUGAUAUU